AUGUUUUCGUGGAUUACUGGUCCACGUAUUACUAACGUAAUAGAGGACCUGCAGCCUGAAAACAACUACGAGUCCACAUUCAUUGAGCCACCAGAAACGCCAGCCCAUCAAUUUGCCGUCAAGGCCUUCAAGCACGCCAUAUUUGGGACACCUGCGCCCGAGGACGCCGACGAUGUAUCCAAGAAAAUAGAGAGAAAGGCAAAGAUAGACGCAGCAAAUGCCAAAGCAUUCGUGCUUCCAGUGCCCAAGGAGAAUGGCCCACCCAUAUCGCCGUCGAAACAGCCGGGCGGCAUCCUUAUGACACCAGGUACCGCUAGCAAGGGGCGCAAGCAGGUGUCAUUUGGAUCGCAAGUUGUAGACAACGAGGGCAAGCGCGGCAAUAUUGGCAGGAGCGGAAUACCCAACGACUGCCCAGGCAAGUUCCCGAGCCCUUGGACUCCUGGCACACAGUUGAAGCUCGACCCCGAGAGCGAAACACGGCCGCGCACUCGCCUCACCGAAGCCCUCCUAGACGCACGCACGACUACCCAGCCAAAAUCAGGUCAGAAGCCCAAAGCGCGAGAUGACAGCGACAUUACAAUUGACCUAGGAGCCCCGCGCUCUGAAUCGGGAAAAUACUGGAAGGAGCAGUACGAGAGUUAUGCGGACAAGAGCGAGAAAGAGAUGAAAAAGGUCAUUGCCAAGCAACAACUUGCAAAGAAGUUCGCCAUGAAGAAAGAUGGUGAAGUAACCGAACUAGUGGCCAAACUGGAACAGGAGCGCAAGCGGUAUAAACAGCGUGAGAUGGAACUGGAGCAGCAGAACAAGGACCUCCAGGAGCGCCUUCGCAAGGCCAUGUCAGAAAAUAUGUCAUCAAGCAUCGAGAUUGCAUCCCUCAAGUCGCGAUUGGCGGUCCUGGAAGGCUCGAACACCGCACCUUCGUCAGGGCUCCCACCAAGCAAGACGCCCUUUGAAAUCUACGAAGAUGGAGCCAAAGACGUUUCACGACCUCCUUUGCGUGGAUUGGACCUGGAUAAUUCGUUUGCCCCAUCCAACAGCAUGGCGUCCUCUACCAAGGAGAACACAUCGCCCAUGUCUCGUCGUGUCCGCCGCGGUACUAUUCCUGAUACACUGAAUCGACCAAUCGUCCCUUCUAGAUUCGGUACUGCAGAAGGAGAGACCUCUGCACUAGAAAAAGCGCUUGCAUCCACUCAGCAGGAGAAACCACCAAAGUCACCUCUGAAGAUUCAUAGAUCCGAACCAACGAAAGAGAGCCAUACACCCAAAUCGAUGGCCACGAUCCAGCCGUCCAGUCCAUUACCGAUGCCAUCACCGCCCAGCGAUGACCUUUGGCUAGAUGUGCACAACGACAGCUCAAUAGGGCAAAUGGACAAGAUGGCCAUGCCUAUUUCCACAGGCCAACCGUACACAAGGCCCGAAUGGAACCCCCCACCAAAGAAAAACCGGGUAUCGAAAUUGGUUCCAAACGACAGGAAAACAGAAACACUACAAUCUCAAGAAAAGGCCGUCGUGUCAGAGAAGAGUGAGCAAAAAGCGGAACCCCAAAGGCGAAGAGACCGUGCGACCCAAGAAGCUACCCAUAUUCCAGAGCUCGAAGCAACGUCAUCACAACCCAAAAAGGAAGCCAAACACAACUACAACACAUCAAAAGAUGGGGCGUUGAGAAGUACUGACAACAGUUCUCGCCAACCCCGUACCGACCCCAGAAUAGACGAUAGCAAGGUCACGACACGUCAUACAGAAGGAUCCACAAAUGUCAAGAACGACCGAAAUCAAGUCCGUGAUAGGGACCCAAGGAAAAGGUUAGAGGAGAGGAGGAAACUGAGGAAACAAGCUGCUACGAAGUGUUGA